AUGAAGGCCACUCUCCCUCUCCUCGUCCUCGCUGGCACUGCCAUCGCUGUCCCUGUUCCAGAGGAGCAGGCCCAGCAGGCCCAGCAGAUGCAGCAGGCUCAGCAGUUGGCUCAGAUCAAGGCCGCCCUCGAGGCCCAGCUCCUUGACGGCAUCCCGAUCCUCGGACCCCUCCUUAGCGGCCUUCUCGGUGGUCUUACCGGCGGUGGCGGCGGUGGUGGUCUUCCAUCCUUGGUCCUCUCCUCGGGUCUUCCCCUUGUUGGCGGUCUUCUCGGCGGCCUCGGCGGCGGCGGUGGUGGUGCCGGCGGUGUCCCCAUCGUCGGCGGUCUCGUCGGUGGUGGUUGGGGCGGUGCCGCUCUCCCCCUCCCCCUCCCUCUCUCUUCCACCCCCGCUCCCGCUGGGGCUUCUUUCCCCACUGUCCAGGCUACUUCCCAGGACGCCGCCGCUGCCAUCCAAAAGCGCAGCGCCGCCUAUGCCCAGAGCGUGGCCAACUACUACGCUGCCCUCAACAGCCAGAUCAACCAGGAGGCUCUCACCCAACUGUUGACCGACUUCCAGGACAACCUCGAGAAGAUCAAGCACGCCAUGGCUGAGGCUGCCGACAAGACGCCCGAGGAGAAGGCCGAGGCCGUCCGCGCCCCCCUCGAGCAGCUCGACGCGGAUCUCAAGGUCGGUGUUUCUCGUCUCGUCCUCCCCGGUGUUUCCGGUUUGAAUGGUCUCCCCUUCGUCGGUCAAGCCACCACCGGAGUCCUCGGUGGUGGGCCCGGCGGCCCCAUUGGAAUCGUCUCUGGCAUCCUGAAGCUGGUCACUGACCUCCUCACCAGUCUUCUGUCUAGUGGCCCGGUCGGCGGCGGCGGUCUCGGCGGGUUCAUUGGUGGCGGCGGUCUCCUCAACGAGGUGAUUGGCGGCACCGGGAUCGGCGGGACCGUCGGCGGUCUCAUCUUCAACAGCCCCAUCAGCGGUCUGCUCCAGAGCAUCCUCGGCACUGUCGGAAGUGUCCUCCCUGGUUUGAACAGCAUCAUUCCGGUGCAGUUUUGA